AUGCAAGGUAUUAGGGAUAAGCCGUUUCUGUCAUCCGUGGACAAGAAUCCGCCUGAGACGUUUGCUAAAUUCAUGACUCGAUCAGAUAAACACACAGACGCCGAGGAAACACGAAAUUUGUGUGAGGCCGCCCAGAACACAAAAAUCUCAGCCAAAAAGGAAGUUGACUCGGCUGGAGGUAAGAAACGCAAGGACGACCGAACACGCGAUGAAUGCAAGUCGGGCAAGCGACCCGACCGAAGGUUUUGUACAUACACCGUGCUUAAUAAACCUCAAGAGCAGGUGCUGAUGGAAAUCAAGAGUGAAAGAUUUGUCAGUUGGCUGAAUAAGCUUAGGAGUAAACCGAACCGACGGAAUAAAGAUAAAUAUUGUCAUUACCAUCGCGAUCAUGGCCACAAUACGAGUGAUUGUUAUCACUUAAAGGAAGAGAUCGAAAGGCUUAUCCGAGAAUGUCGGCUCAGAGAACACGUCGAAAGAACCGGGACAGCGGAAGAACGCCCGGGUGACAACCGACCCACGAAGGAAAUCCGGACUAUUGUUGGUGGUCCCCGAGGCGGAGACGACUCAAACAAUGCUCGAAAAAAUCACGCCAGAAGCAUCAGUCGACCUGAGUCCGAGAUCCUGAUCAUAGUCCAACCUUCGAAAGAAAAUAAGAGAGAAAAAUAUUGUAUCUCGUUCACCGAUGAGGACGCUCGAGGCAUUCACAAUCCCCAUGAUGAUGCUUUAAUCAUUACUCUCACCAUCGCGAACCGAAGGGUGUUCCGCAUACUCAUCAACAUAGGAUCGUCCGCUGACAUGUUGUUCACUCAGGCGUUCAAUAAAAUAGGUGCUGAAUGA